CUGCCUGUUUCUCCUUCAGUUUGCCCUCUUGUUUGAGGCACCGAACCAACCCGAAGCAGAAGACAGUCUCGUCUUAAUCACAUAAACGAUACGUUAGCAUGGCUGUCCCUCCGGCAUACUCUGACCUUGGCAAAUCUGCCAAAGAUAUUUUCAGCAAGGGCUAUGGAUUUGGGACAGUUAAACUGGACCUCAAGACCAAGUCUCAGAGUGGAGUUGAGUUUUCGACCAGUGGAUCCAGUAACACAGACUCAGGAAAAGCUUCUGGUAAUCUGGAAACUAAGUACAAAGUAAAGGAACUGGGUCUGACCUUCAACCAGAAAUGGAACACGGACAACACUCUGACCACCGAGGUCACCAUGGAGGAUCAGCUGGCUAAGGGAGUGAAGUUGGCUUUGGACACUUCCUUUGUGCCCAACACUGGGAAGAAGAGUGCCAAACUGAAGACCGGAUACAAACGUGAUUAUGUCAACGUGGGCUGUGAUGUCGAUUUUGACCUCGCUGGACCCACGGUGCACGCUGCAGCGGUGCUGGGUUACGAGGGUUGGCUGGCCGGUUACCAAAUGGCCUUUGACACCUCCAAGUCCAAACUGGCUCAGAACAACUUCGCCUUGGGGUACAAGGCGGGCGACUUCCAGCUGCAUACCAACGUUAAUGACGGAACAGAGUUUGGUGGCUCCAUCUACCAGAAGGUGAAUGACCAGUUAGAGACGGCGGUGAAUCUGGCCUGGACAGCUGGCAGCAACAACACUCGCUUUGGCGUUGCUGCUAAAUAUCAGCUGGACAAGAACACAUCCAUUUCUACUAAAGUAAACAAUGCCAGUCUGGUUGGAGUGGGUUACACACAGACACUGCGACCAGGUGUGAAGCUUACACUUUCCACCCUGAUCGAUGCAAAGAACUUUAAUGCUGGUGGACAUAAGGUGGGCAUGGGUUUCGAGCUGGAGAUCUAAAGAUUGAAUAAGAGUCGAGCAGCAGGGCGAGACGCAUCGGAAAACUCCCCCAACACUAAUAAAAUACAUGAUUUUCCACAAGUAGUUCACGACUUUCCAAGCAGAUCCCGUCCUGUGGCUGCAGUCCGUGCCAUCACUUCUGCUGACAGGUGGCAAACGUCCUUUUAUCAUUUUUAUUACUGAAAAUUGUUAAGUUAUUAAUACAUGUAGAUUCUGGGUUACACACAGGGUCGUUUUUAAUUCAGGCUGCGAUGAGCACUCAAGUUGCUGCUGUUUCCAGUGUGUUUUAAAGGAGCGUCCACAGCAUAUGUCAAAUUCUUCUACACUACACUUAUAUGUAAGAAAAUAAAUCUUAUAUUUGUCCUUUUCAUUGCCAAAUAUGCCAUUAAAUGCUUAUUUUCAUUAAUGUGUGUUUAGUAGGGGCCAGAGACAAUGGUUUUCAUUCUUCUGGUUUUGUUGUUCUUUAAAACCUGUCUGUUUUAUCCUGACUGCUGUGGUGAAUGACUGGUUUUUAAAAACAUUGUGGAAUCCAAUAAAAGGUGUGUUGGCUCAAA